UUCCCUGUUUCAACUACUUGCAGUAUUGUGAAAGUCAAACAGAAAUCUGUAGAAUUUUAACAGACUUGCUGAUUGAGAUAACAAUGGCGACUAAUAGUGAUGUGCUUUGCGGAAUUUGUGACUCUCAACAUAUCACAAAAUCUGCCAACAAGUGGUGUCCCGAAUGUGAUGAGGGUUUGUGUUCUGGAUGUCAAACAUAUCAUAGUUUCUCAAAAGCAACUCGCAACCAUGAGGCUAUCUCUAUUGAAAAUUAUUUAAAAUUGCCGUCAGCUAUCUUAAAAAUAGCCACAUACUGUAAUGAUCACAAUUUGAAAUAUCAAAACUUUUGUCCCCAACAUGACAAAAUAUGUUGCUCAGUAUGUAUUUCCGAAUACCAUAAUAAUUGUUGUGGACUAAAGUCUUUGCAAGAGAUCGUUAAAACUUCCAAAGAAUCAGCUUGGAUUGAAAGCAUCGAAGAAAAUCUUAAGGAUAUGAGAAAUAACUAUGAAAAUAUAAAGAAAGACAUAGAAAAUAAUCUGACAACCGUUGAAAAUCAAAGAAAACAUUUUCACGAAGAAAUAAAACAAAUACGUGCUAAAAUCAAUUCUCAUUUAGAUUUACUUGAGCAACAGAUUAUCGAAGAACUGAAUGCGGUCGAGCAGAAAGUACAGUCCUCAUUUGAAACUUUAAUAUCGCAAAUUAUAGAAAAAACAAAGACAAUAGAAACUUUGCAAAGUAAUAUUUCUACCGUCAAAGAAUAUGCAUCCGACCUCCAAAUCUUUCUCGGAAGUAAAUCCCUUGAGGCAGAAGUAGGGAGAGAAAAAACUUACUUAGAAUCGUUAUUCAAAGACGGCAGUCUUAGUAAAAACAAAAUUAAAUGUGACAUAAGUGAAAAGAUAUCUGAUAUACUGAGUACCAUUACAACUUUCGGAUCGGUGUCUAUAGACAUAUCUCAACCAUUAAUUGUUUUCAAAAAGGACAAAGAAAAUCAAGCUCAGAUUUUAUCUGCUGUACCAUGUGUUUCUCCUAAGUCAUUAGAUGGUAUUCGUAUAUCUCUCAAAAAACAGUUACCUUUUGUUUCGAAUCAAUCGAUGAAUGGCCUACGUGGAUUUUCCGUUUCUCAGAACGAAACAAUACAAGUGUUGUCUAACAGACAUGGUCAACUCGGUAUCAUGAACACCAACGGCACAUUUGAUCUGAUUAAGAAAUAUUCGAGUCCGUGCUUUGGUGUCGCCUUUAUUGAUGACAGUACAAUUGCUGCAUAUGUCGACAAAACGAUAGAAAUUGUCAACACUGUAUCUAAAGUGACCGAGAGAGUGAUUCCAAUGCAAGGAGAAUGCACAGGAAUAUGUUAUUACAACGGCAAAUUAUUUUGUAAUGUUUUAUCGAAAGGGAUUCAGGAGGUAUCAUUAUCUAACGGAAAUAUAACUGAUCUAGUUAUACAAAAUGAUCUUAAUAGUUGGCCCUUUAUAACAGUACACAACGAUAAAAUUUAUCAAACAUCGUCUGGUGGUUUCGUCAAGUGCUAUACAACGAAAGGAGAAAUGUUAUGGAAAUUCAAAGCAACCGCACAAACACGUGGCAUAGCUGUUGAUAACAGUAAUAACGUGUAUGUUGCUUUACAUGACAUAAACUACAUUGCAUUAAUUUCUGCAGAUGGACAGAAAAGCAGGCAGUUAGAAAUCAACAAUAUAACUGAGAAUGCAUGGGGACUUCAUUUCAAUUCGCUGACGAAUUCACUGGCCGUUGUCUGUGUGGACGGAACAAUUCUGCUUUAUGAUAUUUUGUGUAAUGAUUAGAUGACAUGAAUGUUGACAUAUCAUACAUUAUGUACAGAAAAAGUACAAAAGUAAAUAUUUUUUUUUUGUAGAUUGUAACACAGUAUUAACUGCUAUUCUCCUAUUUUGAUAUUUUGACCCAUUAUGUCUGUUUGUUUUGUUCACAUACUGUUAAAGUAAAAUCAAAAUAAUACUGAAGUCCUAGGAAAAUCUAACUAGAGGCUCUUAAUACGGGGCGCCGAAUGGGACUCUUGUGCUUUUGUACUCAAAAUUCAAUUUUGUACGGACAAAAGUGAC